CUCAAUUUUGAAUUUCCCAUAUCAAAACGAAUGGAUUUAUCCAUUUGUUGUCGAAAGGUGGUGGCUUUUCUAUUGAUCGCUCACUGCGGGAUCUUGUUUUUACUUGAAUUAAGGAUCCACUGAGCUGUGUGAUUCGUGUAACUGAUCCAUGGAUACUGACGUUUCUCAACCUAAUGGCUGCAAAAUCAAGCCAUCCGCGACAGUAGAGCCUCAGAGAGGUGAAGUUGCUCCUGAUAGAAAAGAGGAUGAUGAAUUAAACCCUUUGUUAUCGCCUCGAAAGGGUUGUAUGUCGAAGAAACCCAAAAAGUCGCGGCGGAAAGUGCAGUGGAAUGACAGAAACGGUAAUAAGCUUGUGGAAGUUUUGGAAUUCCAACCAAGCGAUGCAAGUGACUCUGAUGAUGAGGAUGCGGACUCUUGUAUCUGUAGCAUAAUGUAGAUCAAGUCAAAAAUGCAAAUUUGUCAGUUGAAUAUCAAGGGUCCGCCACCUCGUACUCUAACUUGAUUAUGUUCUGGGAUUUUAUUGUUCUUCAACUUGUGGACAUAAACAUGGACCAUCCAACAAGAAAAUAGAGACAUUAUAUCGUGCUCUGGCUUCAUUUUGUUUCUUUCAUCAGAAAGGAAGUCAGACUAAAUUGAAGUUGCCAGUUGGGUAUUCUGAUAUAGAUUUCAUUGAUGUGGAUCAACCCCUUGGAAUGCAAGUAGAUUACGAUAGUGAGAAUUCCCGAAUAUGUAAUAUAUUUUAAUAGACAUGGAACCUUUGUAAUUUUUCCACGUUUCUGAUAGUUUCAUUGUAAGUAGUGAAAUGUUCAUCCACCAAAUACAAUCAUGUUGCACGAGUAGCCAAAUAAUCCAUGGCUUCUGUUCCAU